CCUAGCCGCCACUCACCAAAUCCUCUCUCCCUUUCACAAACACACGCCCCUCAGUCCCUCACCCAAUUUUCUCUCCGUCUCCAACACCGAUUCGGUCUCUUCGUUUCUUGCUAUAGUAUGUCUUCUCCUUGAUUUUGUCUCUCAUACCAAAUCACCCAUGCUUGUACCGAUUCGGUCUCUUCGUUUCUUGCUAUGGUAUGUCUUCUUCUUGAUUUUGUUUCUCUCAUCCCAGAUCACCCAUGCUUGUACUGGGAUUACAUGGGUUUUGUGUGAUCCCGUGAUGUUUGUUUUAAAUAAACUUUGUAGCUGCUAAUCUUAGUUUGUGUUUUAUGGUUUUUAAUGUGUUGCUCUGUAUUUUGUCUUGCCUAUGAACAAGACAUGAACAUUGCUGUUUGCACUACCACUGUACCACACAUUCCAGCUAAGAAUUUUAGGCGUUAGAAAUUAAAAUAUCUGUAAUUGUUGUACUAAGUUUUAGUGUUUUACCCACAAAGGAGGGAAAAUAAUUAAGCAGACAUGGCAGACAGUGUUGUGAGUUUCCUGUUGCAGAACCUGACUCAGUUGCUUACCCAAGAAUCAAAAUUGCUAGGUGGAGUUAAGGAUCAAGUCAGAUCACUUAAGAACGAGCUGUCUCUGAUCAACCGCUUCCUCCAAAAAUCUGAAGGCAAACGACACGACGAAUUGGUGAAGGAGGUAGUCAGCCAAAUUAGGGACGUAGCCUAUGAGGCUGAGGAUGUUAUUGAUACAUACAUCAUUACUGUGGCAGAGCGCAGGAGAAGAAGCAAGCUGAGGAAGUUAAUCCCUUCAUGUGACCGAGCAAUUACGUUUCACGAUGUUGCAAGCAAGAUAGAGACCAUCAAGUUCAUCAACAAGGAAAUUAACGACAAUAGGAGCAAGUACGGCAUAGAAAUUGCGGAAUCAUCCGGAGGAGAUGCAGAAGCAGAGGAGAUACUGCACAGGCGCAGGAAACAUGUUGAGGAAGAUCAAGUAGUGGGCUUAGCUCAUGACGCUGAGGUAUUGAUGAAGGAGCUUAUGGAAGGGAGUUCGCAACGGAAUGUUGUUUCAAUCAUUGGCAUGGGUGGCUUAGGCAAAACCACUCUUGCUAGGAAGAUCUACAAUAACAAUGAUGUCAAGAAUUACUUUGAUUUCCGUGGGUGGGUUUAUGUCUCUCAAGAAUAUAGAAUCAGAGAGCUGUUGCUUGAAAUUUUGAAGGGACUGACACCACUACCAAGAGUGAUGUUGAGAGCUGAAUUGAAAGAGAAAUUACUCCACGGUUUGUAUGCUACGUAUAGCUCGAAUAACAAUAAAUUGAAAGGGAGAAUAACUGAAGACUUGAAACGUUUCAAAGAAAUGAAUGAACGUUUCAAAGAAAUGAAUGAUGAAGAAUUCGGAAAGGCAUGGUCUGAAUUCUUGGAAGGCGUACAAGACCAUAAUGAUUUGAAAAAUUCGUUGUCAAAUUUUGUGCAAGAUUUUUACUGCGAGAAUGGAGUAAAAUUGAGAGCUGAAUUGAAAGAAAAAUUACUCCACGGUUUGUAUGCUACGUACAACUCGAAUAACGAUAAAUUGAAAGGGAGACUAACUGAAGACUUGAAACGUUUCAAAGAAAUGAAUGAUGAAGAAUUCAGAGAGGCAUGGUCUGAGUUCUUGGAAGGCGUACAAGACCAUAAUGAUUUGAAAAGUUCGUUGUCAAAUUUCGUGCAAGAUUUUUACAGCGAGAAUAGAGUAAAAUUGAAAGAUAUGACUGAGGAUGAAUUGAGAAGCGUGCUGCUUGAAAGCUUGAGAGACAAGAGAUACUUACUUGUUAUGGAUGACAUUUGGAAUUCUGAAGUAUGGAAUGAGGUAAGUACUGCAUUUCCUAAUAACUCAAAUAGGAGUAGAAUAUUGAUCACUACCCGAAUAAAAGAAGUAUCAUUACAUGCAAGUAGUGUUAAUAAUAGUGUUCAUCCUAUUCCCCCUUAUGAACUCCCACUUCUUGAAGAAGAUAAAAGUUGGGAACUCUUCUCUAAAAAGGUGUUUUGGGGAGGUGCCUGUCCUCCAGAACUAGAAACUCUAGGUAGACAACUUGUGAAAAGUUGCCAUGGAUUACCACUUGCUAUUGUGGUAUUGGGAGGUCUUUUGGCAUGUAAGGAGAAAACACAUCAUAUAUGGUCAAAAUAUAUCGGUCAUGUCAAUUCGUAUUUGACUGAUAAUAGAUCAAGAUGCAUAGACAUAUUGGCUCUAAGCUACAAUCACUUACCCCGACGCUUGAAACCAUGCUUUCUAUAUUUUGGUAUCUACCCAGAAGACUUUGAGAUACCAGUGAGGCAACUAAUCCGACUUUGGAUAGCCGAGGGAUUCAUAUGGCAAAGUGGGAACAGAAAUAUAGAGGAUGUUGCUGAAGACUACUUGGAGGAUCUCAUUGAUCGAAGCUUGAUUCAAGUGGCAACAAAAAGGUUAAAUGGAGGAGUCAAAACAUGUCGUAUCCAUGAUCUUCUACGAGACCUCUGUAUAUCGGAGAGUUCCGAAGAGAAGUUUCUUGAGGUUCAUUCAAAUGUUAACCUUUCACCCAUAGGCAAAUCUCGCAGAAUUUCCAUCCACUAUGGCAACAAUCCAUACAUUUCUUCUGGCCCUUGUAAGCAUUCAAAUAGUCGUUCUAUAAUAGGCUUCAGGGGUGGUGUUGAGCUCAAGAGUCCUCCUGAUAAUUGCUACUUGGAAUGGAUUUGCAAAAGUAACAAUUUGGUUCGGGUGGUAGAGCUCAGUAAUAUGGGCAUUUGUUGCUUAAUCCCCAAGGGGAUUGAAAAGCUGGUCCUUUUGAGGUACUUAAGCAUCGCAUCUGGUAAGCUUCAUGUCAUUCCAGAUUCCAUAUGCAACCUUUGGAAUCUAGAGACGUUGGACAUGAGAAAUUCUACAGUGGAAACAAAAUGCUUGCCCAAGUGGAUAUGGAAGUUACAAAGAUUAAGACAUUUGUACCUGGAUGGGCCAACAUCUCUACCUAGAACUAAAAAAAAUACAACGGCUUUACCCAAUCUUCAAGUCCUUACUGGUAUAGCUAUAAAUGAAGACACUGAGAGUCACUUUUCCAAGGCCAGAUUUCCUAAUCUAAGAAAAUUAGGAUUGUAUUCUUCAAGAUUGGUAGAGUCAGGGAUUUUGUCAAGCCUCCUUCCCUUGUGUCAUCUACAAACUUUGAAGAUUUAUAAUCUUAAUGAGAUUUCAUCAAGUCCUACUUCAAUUUUGUUGACCCUCAUAAAAAUAACUUUAGUAGAUUCAGCCUUAGUAGAUUCAGCCUUCAUGGGAGUGAUGGGUAGCCUUCCCAAACUUCGAAUACUCAAAGUAAUUGGAAGAGCUGCCGCUGACUAUGAAUUCAUCAGUAAUGUCCUCAUAUGCGAUGAAAGAAGUUUUCAGCGACUUGAAGUCUUUAAAAUGGCAAGUCUGACCCUUUUUGAAUGGAAAUUGGGGCAAGGUGCAAUGCCAAACCUUCAACGUUUGGUCAUCGAAAGGACCUUUUGUAUGCUCCCGGACGAACUAUGGUGCUUGAGUGCCUUGCGGGAUGUGGAAGUUUUACAUCCCGAUCCAGAAUUGGCAAGGAGGCUUCGACAGUUGCAGAUGAGGGAUGGAUGUAAGCUCCAUGUCUAUCCACCUCUCGACCAAGAGAGUAGAAUUUUUACAUCCCAAUCCACAUUUGGCAGUGCGGCUUCGAUAGUUGCAGAUGCGGCUUCCAUAGUUGCAGAUGAGGAUUGGACAGAUGUAGAUGAGGCUGGCAGAUGAGGGAGAGGCUUCGACAGUUGCAGAUGAGGGAUGGAUGUAAGCUCCAUGUCUAUCCAAAUAAUUGAGAAAAAGUUGAUUGGUUGUGCUAUGCUUUGGUGCGGGGCUGGGUCCUGCGGGGUCAAUGGUCGUUUGCUUUGUCGUUCAUUCGUGUUUUGAUGGUAUGAUAUGAUAUCACAUGUACUUGUUACCCCCCUUUUUUUUUUAAUUCCCUAAUUUCGUUGAUUUUUGGAUUAUUUGUAAUUUGGUAUAAAAUAGUUUGUGUAACAAGUAUUUUUUAUUUAUUUCCUAAUUAUCCAAGCUUUUAAGCCUUUAUUGCUA